UGUAAUCAUCAAUAGCAACCAAUCAACUGAGGAGAGAGUGGAGUUAGGAAAAUCAUUUAAUAGACUGAUGCCAUGCAUGCUGGAGAGAAACCUGAUGUGCAUAAUAUAUUUGAGAAAUCACAGAGACAUCAUGAGCAUCUUAGUCAGCAUCCCAAUAUUCCAACUGGGCAACCUUUUGAAUAUAGUGGAAAAGGAAAAUCCUCUAACACAGUGCCAAUAAUAUUUAUAUAUAAGAAGAUUCAUAUGGGUGAGACCACCUGUAAAUAUAGUGAAUAUGGGAAAGCCUGUAAUAAGUCAGCUGUCAUUGCUCAAGAGAUAACUCAAGUAGGGAAGAAAACUUUUCAGUGUGAUGUUUCCUCGAAAAUGUUCUAUAAAAAGGCUAAACUUACUCAACAUCAGAUUAUACACACAGGAGAGAAACGUAAAUACAGUGAAUGCCAGAAAUCUUUUAUUAAGAAAUCAUACCUUAUCUCAUAUCAGGGAACACCUACAGGGAAGAAACUUUAUCCAUGCCAUGAGCAGAAGUUUUUCCAUCAGAAGUCAGACCUUACUGUGCAUCACAAAAUUCACACAGGGGAAAUGUCCUAUGGAUUUAUUAAGUGUGGCAAAAACUUUCAUGAGAAUUCAUUUCUUAACUGUCAUCAGACAAUUCACACAAGUGAGAAAUCAUCUGAGUGUAAUGAAUGUGGAAAAUCUUUCAACCAUAAUUCUGCCCUUACUAGACACCAGAGAACUAACACACGUGAGUACCCAUAUGAAUGUAAAGAAUGUGGGAAAGCUUUUAACCAAAAGUCAGCCCUCAACAACCAUCAGAGAAUUCACAAGGGUGAGAAACCAUUUGAAUGUAAGGAAUGUGGAAAAGCCUUUAACCAAAAGUCAGCCUUCACCAUGCAUCAGAGAAUUCACCCAGGUGAGAAGCCCUACAAAUAUAAUGAAUGUCAAAAAAGGUUUAACAAGUCAUCCUUCAGGAUGCAUAAGAGUACUCACAGAGAAAAAAAACCUUAUCAGUGUAAAGAAUGUGGAAAUGAUUUUAACCAAAUGUUGGUUCUCAGUAUGCAUCAGAGAAUUCACACAGGUGUGAAACCAUAUGAAUGUAAAGAAUGUGGAAAAGCUUUUAACCAAAAGCCAGCCCUAAAUAGGCAUCAGAGAAUUCACACAGGUGAGAAACCAUACGAAUGUGAAGAAUGUGGAAAAGCUUUUAAACAUAAGUCGAUUCUCAGCAUGCAUCAGAGAAUACACACAGGUGAGAAACCAUAUGAAUGUAAAGAAUGUGGGAAAGCUUUUAACCAAAAGUCAAACCUCCGCAUGCAUCAGAGAAUACACACAGGUGAGAAACCAUAUGAAUGCAAAGAAUGUGGGAAAGCUUUUAACCGAAAUUCAGACCUCCGCACACAUCAGAGAAUUCACACAGGUGAGAAACCAUAUGAAUGUAAAGAAUGUGGAAAAGCUUUCAACCGAAAGUCAUACCUCAGCAGGCGUCAGACAAUUCAUACAGGUGAGAAACCAUAUGAAUGUAAAGAAUGUGGAAAAGCUUUCAACCGAAAGUCAUACCUCAGCAGGCAUCAGACAAUUCAUACAGGUGAGAAACCAUAUGAAUGUAAAGAAUGUGGAGAAUCUUUUAACCGAAAGUCAGACCUCAGCAGCCAUCAGACAAUUCACACAGGUGCAAAACCAUAUGCAUGUAAAGAAUGUGGAAAAACAUUUAACCAAAAGUCGAUUCUCAGUAUGCAUCAGAGAAUACACACAGGUGAGAAACCAUAUGAAUGUAAAGAAUGUGGGAAAGCUGUUAACCAAAAGUCAGACCUCAGCAGGCAUCAGAGAAUUCAUGCAGGUGAGAAACCAUAUGAAUGUGAAGAAUGUGGAAAAUCUUUUAACCGAAAGUCAGACCUCAGCAGCCAUCAGACAGUUCACACAGGUGAGAAACCAUAUGCAUGUAAAGAAUGUGGAAAAGCUUUUAACCAAAAAUCAAACCUCAACAUGCAUCAGAGAAUACACACAGGUGAGAAACCAUAUGAAUGUCAAGAAUGUGGGAAAGCUUUUAACCGAAAUUCAGACCUCUGCAUGCAUCAGAGAAUUCACACAGGUGAGAAGCCAUAUGAAUGUAAAGAAUGUGGAAAAGCUUUCAACCAAAAGUCACACCUCAGCAGGCAUCAGAGAAUUCACACAGGUGAGAAACCAUAUGAAUGUAAAGAAUGUGGGAAAGCUUUUAUCCGAAAUUCAGACCUCUGCAUGCAUCAGAGAAUUCACACAGGUGAGAAACCAUAUGAAUGUAAAGAAUGUGGGAAAGCUUUUAUCCGAAAUUCAGACCUCUGCAUGCAUCAGAGAAUUCACACAGGUGAGAAACCAUAUGAAUGUAAAGAAUGUGGAAAAGCUUUCAACCGGAAGUCAAACCUUUGUGUGCAUCAGAGAAUUCACACAGGAGAAAAGCCCCAUUAAUGUAAUGAAUGUGGAAAACAUUUUUAUACAAAGUCGCAGUUUAGAAGACAUCAGGAUACUCACACAGAGGAGAAAAAUUAGUAAUGUCAUAUGACAAGUCUUUUACUGGAACUCCCCCUAACAGACAGGGUAGAAUUCACCCAAAGAGAAAUCUCAGUGAAUGUAAUUUGUAUGAGAAAAGAUUUUGCAAGAGGUCAUACCUCAAGACAUCAGAGAACUUAUAUCACGAAGAAGGCAUAAAUAUACGAUUGUCCUCAGGUAUUGGAGAUUGUCUUCAGGAUCCACUAUUGAUAUAAAAAUUGCUGAUGCUCAAGUCCCUUCUAUAAAUGGUGUAGUAUUUGUGUAUUACCAAUUCACUUCUUGCUGUGUACGUUACAUCUUGUGUAGAUUACUUAUAAUACUGGAUAUUAUGUGAAUACUAUGUAGAUAGUUGUUAAACUGUGUUGUUUUUCAGUUGUAGAAUUUUCAUUUGUUUAAUGUUUUAUUUAUUUUUGGUGAUUUUUGAUAAGUAGUU